UGCGAAAUCAUUAAUCACUGAAGUCUGAAACGAAGUCAUCUCCUUGCAUGUUACCUUGCAUAUUGGCCUUUAUUAAGUGAUUCGCAACUAUUCAAAAUAGUUCUAUCCUGUUGUAGAACGAUGGCGGCAGCGCCGUCAGUCUUCCCAGGAGACAUUAUUCAUCUCAAUGUUGGAGGAACUAGGUAUUCAACAUCUCGUCAGACGUUGACAUGGGUUCCAGACACAUUUUUUACAAGCAUGCUUAGUGGAAGAAUUUCUACUUUGAAGGAUGAAAAUGGUGCUAUAUUCAUAGAUCGUGACCCAAGUGCAUUUGGAGUGAUAUUGAACUUUCUCAGAACAAAGCAAUUUGAUGUCAGCAAUCUUGAUUUGGCGACGAUCAAAAGUGAGGCAGAAUUCUAUGGUAUCACCACACUUGUGAAGAGACUUGGAUUAUGUGAAGACCUAAAUCACUCAUCGUGUGGGAAUGUCUUGUUUCAUGGCUACAUAGUUCCUCCUGCGAUUCCCGUACAGGACCUGCCGCCGACACCGAUGCCGUCACGCAGCAGCACCGUCGCUGACUUUGCGGAGGUUCGACCCGGCACGGUGAUGCGCGUGGGCGACGCCGCCCGCACCGCGCACUUCGCGUCGAUGGACGCGCGCGGCGCCGGCCACGUGCGAGGCGCCUCGGCAGACCUGCGGCCCGCGCCGCGGCUACCCACGCACUCGCGCACGUCGUCGGUGGACCUGCGGCACUCGCGCACGUCAUCGACGGAUCUGGGCUACCGGGCGUGCCGCCCCGACACCGGCGCCACCACCGCGGGAUACAGUAGUGGCGGCAUGACUGAUGCGAACAAAGUGUGCAUCCUUGCAGGCAGUCACAACUGGAUCGCAGUUGCAUAUUCACAUUUCAUCUGCUUGUAUAGAAUGAAGGAAUCGGUUGGGUGGCACUUGUGUGCAACAAGCCCACAUAUGGAAAGUACCAUUGAGAGAUUGGCUCUUAAUGCAAAGGUUUUAGCUCCAAACCAAAUAGACCACAAGGAUAAGAUGCUGGCUGUGUCCUAUGGCAAUCUUAUUCGGCUGUGGAGUGUGUCCAGUAGUCAGGACCUCAUUAAUCUGAGUGAAGUUGGCACGUUCAAUCUGACAGUCCAUGUGGAUGAGCUAUUUUUCAUUGGCUCACAGUUGGUGGCUAUUUCACAGCUUGGCAAAGUAGGUGUGUGGCAUGCGAUGUCACAGCACUGGCAGAUUCAAGAUGUUGUUCCUAUAACUAGCUACGAUACAGCUGGCUCUUUCCUGCUACUUGGCUGUAGCAAUGGCUCAAUUUAUUACAUUGACAUGCAGAAAUUCCCUCUGCGUAUGAAAGACAAUGACCUGCUAGUCACUGAGCUGUACAAGGACCCAGGUGGUGACAUGGUGACAGCUCUUAGCGUCUACCUGACUCCUAAGACUAGUAUUAGUGGUAACUGGAUAGAGAUCGCGUAUGGCACAAGCUCGGGCACCGUGCGAGUUAUUGUGCAGCACCCGGAGACUGUGGGGCAUGGACCACAGCUGUUCCAGACGUUCACUGUCCACCGUAGUCCUGUCACCAAAGUUAUGCUGUCAGAGAAGCAUCUCGUGUCAGUGUGCCUGGAGUACAACCACGUGCGCACGUGGAGUGUGACUCGCUUCCGUGGCAUGAUCUCCACGCAGCCGGGCUCGACCCCUCUCGCCUCAUUCAAGAUUGUCUCGCUGGAAGACGUUGACCCCCACGUGAGCUACACGAGCGGAAACGACUACGGUCCAUAUGGAGUGCAGGAUGAAGAUCAAGUAUUUGUGCAGAAAGUUGUUCCUGAGACAGAUCAGCUAUUUGUUAGACUUUCUUCUACUGGUAAACGCGUAUGCAUGAUUAAGUCAGUAGAUGGCUCGACCAUCAGCUCAUUCUGUGUACAUGAAUGCGAAGGCUCCAGCCGCAUGGGCUCACGUCCACGACGCUACUUAUUCACAGGUCAUGUCAAUGGUGCAAUUCAGAUGUGGGAUAUCACGACCGCUUUGGAAUUGUGCAACAAACCUGAAAAGAAAGAAGAGGCGGAGGGAGUGGGAGGCCCGACGGAGAAGGAGCUCCUGCGCAUGAUGGAGCAUUGUGACUGCACCGGCUCUCUCAACAGCACACCAUCGUUCUCUCCUUCCCCCUCGUUGCUCCUAUGUGGAUUCCCGCACGGGGGCGCCCGGCUCAAGGCAUCCAAUCUUGCCUUUCUCCUGCAGGCCUCGCAGACAGAAGCUCCCGAAUCGCUGAAGGCAACGACGUGUUAAAUGCAGGUGUGAAACCGAUUGCUUGCACAUUUAAACAGGAGUGGGGCUUUGCUGUGCUAGCUAAAAUUAUUAAUUGUGAAACACAUGAGAGGGAGGUGGCGCCAACAAUUACGAAGCCGAUUGGUAAUAGUCGGUGUAGCUGCACAAGUGUGGCUGCUAUGUUGCUGUAUUGUGUGGAGAUCUUGCGUCCCCUUUAGGGUUAAAAUCGCCAGAGUGGAGACUGGUGUACUCGGUUUUCAUGUUUGCUUCCCGGCUCAUACCCUUGCUAAUCGUCGUAUAAGGAAGUUAACUGCCUGAUAAGUUUUAUUCUCAUUUUCAAUUCAUUAAACGCAUGCAGUUUACAGUCAUUAGAAUAGAUAUUGCAUAACAAAUGGACUUAUAUGCCAGUGUGUUAUAGAUUGACAGUAGCUGCAUUGUUUACAGUGCUAUGGUAUUGGAGUGGCGUAAUUGGCCAGUUCUUUGGGUUCAUAGUUGUUGCAGAGGUGGUGCAUGCAGCCGAAUAUGUCAGUAGCAUUAUAUCAGGAGCGUCACGAUAUACACAUAUGCAUAUCGUCAGAAGUAGAUAAUAGGGAAGGAGUGUGACUUCA